AUGAAAGUGCCGAGUUUCACCCGUUUCGUUGUGAUAAUCACUGCGAUAGUUUCAACAUUUGUGCCAACCAAUGCAAUAGAAAGUCAUGAUCUUUCAUUCGUGAACAAAGGUUUUAAAAACCAAAACAGUUCCCAUGUAAUUGAUCGGCUGGCAGCCACUGCUCGUGUUAUCACAGCCAUCACUCUUCAAAAUGGUUUAUCAGAUAAAUCAAUCUCAGUUGACGACGUCAUUGCUGAGUUGUUGAACUUCGAACCUCACGAGUUAAAAAACCUGGAAACUCUUGAUAAGAAAACCGUGGAAAACUUUUUGAAGAAACUUGACGACUUCAAGCUCUAUGAUGUUACAGUGAAUGAUGCACGAACUCUCGGCAACAUGUAUAAGUUGAAAGAAGUGUGGAGUCAAGUAGGAUCCACGAUCAAAUUUCCGAAUGAUGCCGAAUACAAGAAACUAGAUAACAUAAAGAGCUUGCAAGUUUCAGGACUUGACCAACUGAAGUUCAAACCCGCGAUUGAUAUUCUAAACCAAUCGAUUCUUACCGAAACACACGUGGCAGAGGUGAAGAACCACCUGAACUUGAUAACCACUAAAAUUGAAUCUAUCAAAGGGACUGUGGAUAUUGGUGGUUUGAUUAAGAUUCUGAACCAGGUAAAACCACUUCAAUUUGUUGUGCAAGUUUUCACUAUCUACGGCGAAAUAAAUGCGUUCACCAAUCUUCGUAAACCAGUUUCUGAUGGUUUGGCUCAAGAACUUGGUGAACUGAAAGACUUGGUGGCACAAUCUAAAUCUUCGUCACUCGAUUCUCUUGCAAAACUGGUUUCUUCACGGUUCGUUCAUCAUCCAAUCGAUCGAUUGUAUACGUCUGGGUUUAUCAAUGGAUACAAGGAUUUGAAUCUACUUUCUGUUGAUGGAGACAAUGUGAGGCUGUUCAAUUCCACGACGCUUCAAAACAUGAAGGGUAUCCAUCAACUAUCAAAAACCACAUCACCCUUUAAGAAACUAGAUGAUGAGUGGAACGAAAUGUUCAGCUUGGAAAUGUACAAGUCCGUUCAAGAUAUUGCUAGUUUACAAAAGUUGUUGUUGUCUAUCACAGUUGCUCCGUCUAUAGCUGAUGUUAAUCAAUUUAUCAAAGAUGUUAAAGAUUGCGCCAAGGCUUCUUACCCAUCCAAUGAUGUAAAGACACUCAAAGAUAUUUCGGAGAACACUAAUACUGUGUUUAAAAAAUUGAUAACUAUUCGUGGAGCAUUGCAAUCUAUCGAAAAGUUAAAGAGUGAAUAUAUUCCAAUAUUGGCGACAUCAACUCCAAUUGAAACCAUCGUCCAAUUGAAAAAAUUGGUGAUGAAGCUGGAAAGUGAUAUCAAAGUGCUAUCGGAUGGAGAGCCAAUUGUAAACGUGGAUAUGAAAAUAGCAGACUCCGAUCUAGUCACUGGUUUCAAAAAUUAUUUCUCUAGUCACAUCGGCUCAUUAAACUGUAUUAGAGAUAUCAAGUCUCGGUUUGGAGAGGUCACGCUAUCAGCUAUGUCACUCGGUAAAGUUCGGGAGAUGAAAAAAGAUGCCCAAGUAAGCAAGGAUGUGAAAAAAGUGUUGGCUGGAGCUUCCGAAUCGUUAAAGUCGCUAACUGAGAUUCGAUCAACUUUUCAAGCUUUGAAAGUUCAACCAAUAGAUGAUCAUACCAUUCCAAAUGCUUUAAAGAACAUAUCGAAACCAUUUGGAGAAGCCGUAGCUGCAUUGGUUCUUGGAAAGGAUACAAUAAGCAAGUCAUCGGAAUUCGAGGAUUUUGUGAGGAAAAGCUAUGUGAUUGAGAAAAAUAUAGAUGCAAUACGAACUGAUAUGAAGAUAACAAUUAAAAACAAUUGGGGAAACUUUGUCGGAACAUCGCAAGACAUUCGAUCUUUGUUCAUUAAAUUGGAUGAGUUGGUCGGGAAAAUUGAAGGAACCAAAAACUCAACACUCCAGGAUAUCGGCCAAUUGUUCACUAAUCUUCCAAAAUUUGUUGACGUUGAUCUUCUGACCGACGAUCGAUUGAAUGCAGUUGAGUUAUUUGUGAAGGAUGGAACCACUCCUGAACAAACAAAACUCCUUGACGAAUUCAAGAAGUCACUCCUCGAACUUUCAAAAUUGGAUCUCAAGUUUUCAAGAUUUCAAAAAUCUCUCAAUUCGAUGUCUGAUACAAUCAACAAGUUGGUGGGGAUGAUGUCUGGAAUUUCAAGUCAAGUUACAGCGACUACCACUGGUGGUGCAGCAGUUGAAUCAGUGAGUUCCUGGCAUGACCUCACACAUAUUAUUUGUUAUGUCGUGGUUUUUCUGGUUGUUGUUACCGUCAUUGUUAUCUACUGCGUUUGUCUGAGGAAAACAAUAGAUUAUGAUGCUCUGAAUACGUUGGAAAUGGAGAAUGGACUGAAAAAAGACGAAAAAGAAAAAGAGAACGUUAAAAAAGGGAAGUGUAAGGUGUUCGUAUGGAAUGAAAAAUACAAAGUCUUCCAAAAGAGAAUGAAAGAAGCCACGGAUAAACAAAAACAGAAACUAGCUGGUCACUCUGCAAGUGGCUCGUCUAGUGCAACAAAUACUGGAGACUCUGCAACUCCUUCUGGAAGUACAACCAAUACCGGAAAUAAAGUAACUUCUUCUGGAAGUACUGCUAAUGUUGCUGGAGGUUCUGCGAAUCCUUCUGGAAGUGGUACAAAUAAUGCUGCUGCUAGUGCACCAGCUGUCAACAAGGCCGGUGUAGUUCCAGUCAAAGGUGGUGAAAACGAGAAGAAAGGUGCUGCUGCUACUGGUGACACAAAAAAGGCUGGUGGUUCCUGGCUUCAACCAAUUGGUCAAUUUAUAACCAAAAGUUUUAAGUCUUUAAGAAAAAAAGGUAACAAUGUUGAAAAGACUUGUGGAAACAAAACGGGUGUUUCAGAGAAACCGGCUUAUGAUGUUGAAGAGAAAGUAGUGGACGAUUACCUUGCUCUAUAUCCUCAAAAAGAUAUUGUGAAGCCGGAAUCAUUUGCCAACGAAGAACAAAAAAGACGUUGGAUUAUCGAUGCAUUCGAAAAAAUAGAACAACGUAUGAAAGAAGAUAGAGAAGAGGAACGGAAUAGAGACCCAAGCACCCAAUCCUCAGCUGCAUCUUCCUCUAGUGGAAAUGCUAUCGAAGAUGCUAAGGCGUUAAGAAAAGCUUUUGGGCUACCUGACCUGAACUUGCAAGUGGGCAUUGCCAAAGCAAACCACGUUGGCAGGAACGAUGAUCCAACACGUGAUGACACAGAUUUUGAAUUUUCAGAAAAGAAUAAGAAAUAA